AUGUCUCAACUCCUACAAAACAUCAUUUCUAUCAUUGAACUUUACUACCAAUACGCCGCCCAAGACGGAGAGUGUGACAAGCUGAACAAAGCAGAGCUAAAAGAACUUUUGGAAAAUGAGUUUCAUCAAAUUCUGAAGAAUCCAGAUGAUCCAGACACUGUAGAUGUCAUCAUGCUAAGCCUGGAUCAAGAUCGUAAUAAGAAAGUGGAUUUUACUGAGUAUCUUGUGAUGAUAUUCAAGCUGGCUCAGGCUUGUAAUAAAAUCAUCGGCAAAGAUCACUGCCAAGCUUCAGGGUCAAAGCAGAAAAACCACAGAUACCAGUACCAAGAGGAACAGAGUGAAACAGAAGAGGAGAAAGGCAAAGCUCUUGGGAAAGGAGAGAGUCAAGUUCAGGAUACUCCAAGGGUACUGGGAAAAACAAGCAUGGCACUUAUCAGUCAGAAAGAUCUGACAGUGGAGAAGAUGAUGACAUUCAUUCAAGCAAAUGCAGAAUGA